AGCGUCACACCGCGUAGCUGCUCCAUAAUCAUUUCCAUUCCCUUCAUGAAUGCGUUUCGGCGCGGAUCUCAUGGCGCAUGACGUUUUCUCCGUUUUCUUGUGCGCUCUUUCGUUAGCACAUGAGUGCCAGGAUGAGGCUUCAGCGGUUUGGCAGCUGCAGUUGCAAUCGGCACUUUCAGCAAACCCAGAGCCACCAAAGCCUGGUAUUUGUGCUAGCCCGGCUCCGGAGGACUACGACAAACCCAUCUCUGCAGUAUUGAAGAGUUUCCUGGACAGGACGGUUGGUGCAUAUUCGGGGCCGCCGCUGAUUGGUGCAGCACUUGUGCAAUUGGCCGCAAACAGAAGGAUAUGAGGCCAUAUGCUGAAGGCCAGAUGAUCACCACUGUAACGACAGAGUAUAAGUAUUUGCAGACCGGCAAAGAACCCAAAAAAAUUCUGCUGCCAGAAGGCACGUCUUACGAGUCUUUGACCAACGUGAGGGACUACCACGAUUUAUUCUGUGCACUGAAUGGUCUUUUCAAUGUUUCGCGCUCCGCAGCGCUCAACAAUUUCGACUAUCUCGUGCAAGUGUCUGAGCACUCCUGUCUUGCGCUGCAAAGCAAGGUCUCGAACUACUUUGGCCUUUCCAUCAACAAUUUGCUUCUGGAUCCGUAUCCCCUUUCGGAUGCUUUGAUAGAAAUCCUCACCAGCGACAAGCCGGUGGUCCAUUUGAACCAGUCAUUUGUCGACAUGUUUCAUCGCGAGGCUGCUGUCCAGUGUCGCCUUGGAAACGACAAGGGGGCUUUGUGCGUCGGUGCGUACUGCGCCCUUCGAGGCUGCAUGAGAUCUGAUGGCGUUGUGGGGCAAACCAAGCAUGGAGAGUGCCCCCCAGUUUGAUGAUGGGGGCGUUUUUGCCCUUAUUCCCUGCCAAAGUGGAAGCUCAAGACGGUGUUUGUCGCAGCAAGUUGUGAUAUGAGAAAAAAA